AUGAACAGUGUGGAUGAUACAGGGAAUUUGGUUCUUGAUUUCGAGCAGCUGGCGCGCAGUGAUGUCGCCAUGGUCGGCGGGAAGAAUGCCUCCAUUGGUGAGCUAAUAGGUGCGCUUGGGCCGAAAGGAAUCGUUGUUCCACCUGGUUUUGCGACGACUUCACACGCGUAUUGGCGUUAUGUUGACUACAACAAAAUGCAAGAAACGAUGGCCAUGUUGAUCGCAGAAUGGCAAUCAGGCAACAUGAAUCUUUCCGAAGCUGGCCAUGAAAUACGCAAGUUGUUCCUCCGCGGUUCUUGGCCUCAAAAUCUCUCUAUUGCCAUCAGGAAAGGCUAUCGGGAACUUGCGGCUAAAGUGAGAAACGAAAACCCGAGCGUUGCCGUGCGUUCAAGUGCGACGGCAGAGGACUUGCCUGAUGCGAGCUUCGCCGGCCAACAGGAGUCAUAUCUGAAUAUCUCAGGGGAAGAUGCAGUGUUGGAUGCCUGCCGUCGCUGCUAUGCCUCUCUUUUCACAGAUCGGGCAAUCAGCUAUCGCCAAGUCAAAGGAUUCGAUCACAUGAGCGUCGCACUCUCGAUUGGAGUACAGCGUAUGGUCCGCUCUGAUUAUAGCGGGUCUGGUGUCAUGUUCUCCAUCGAUACCGAAAGUGGCUUCGACAAGAUUGUGCUCAUCAACGCAGCAUGGGGACUUGGAGAAAACAUAGUACAAGGAACCGUCAACCCCGAUGAAUAUCAAGUUUUCAAACCACUUUUGGGCGAUGAAAGUCUGGUCCCGAUAAUAGAGAAACGGCGAGGAAGCAAAGAAAUGAAAAUGGUCUAUGGUAAUGGAGAUGUACCGACACGGAAUAUACCUACCUCGAAAGCAGAGCGCGCUGCAUUUGUACUAGGUGAUCAGGAGAUUCUCCAGUUGGGCCGCUGGGCAUGCACAAUUGAAAAGCACUAUGGGUGCCCGAUGGACAUGGAAUGGGCAAAAGACGGCAUCACGGGUGAGAUUUUCGUUGUCCAGGCCCGGCCUGAAACCGUUCAAUCGCGUCGUGAUGCUGGUGUCGUCAGAACUUAUAAGGUUAGCAAGAAGGGCCGCCUUCUUACCACGGGGCUUUCGGUCGGGGACGCCGCAGUAUCGGGCCGUCUCUGCCUCAUUGAAACGGCAAAAGACGUUGAAAAUUUUGUGGACGGCUCAAUUCUGGUGACAAAAACGACGGACCCAGAUUGGGUGCCUCUUAUGAAGCGGGCGGCGGCUAUUAUCACCGACCACGGUGGGCGCACUUCGCAUGCAGCUAUUGUCAGUCGCGAGCUCGGCCUCCCAGCCAUAGUAGGCACAGGAGAUGCAACCUACAUGUUACACACCGGCCAAGACGUAACUGUUUCGUGUGCCGAGGGUGACAACGGCUUUGUCUACGAAGGAAUCUCCAAUAUCACUACUAAGACAUUGGAUCUCACCGGGCUGCCAGCAGUUAACACAAAUGUUAUGAUCAAUUUGGCCAACCCUGCAGCAGCAUACCGCUGGUGGCGACUUCCAGCCGACGGCAUCGGCCUUGCCCGCAUGGAGUUCGUCGUCACUAACGCUAUUCGGGUACAUCCUAUGGCGCUAGUCCACUUCGACCAGCUGAGGGACGCAAAGGCCAAGGAUGAAAUUGCACAAUUGACGGCUGGGUACAAUCACAAGCCUGACUACUUCGUCGACAAGCUAUCGCAUGGUUUUGCGGCUCUUUGCGCAACCGUCUACCCUAAGCCGACCAUUGUCCGUAUGAGUGACUUCAAGACAAAUGAGUAUGCGGGCCUCAUCGGUGGUUCCGAGUUUGAGCCAAAGGAGGAGAAUCCAAUGCUUGGCUUCCGGGGGGCCUCACGUUACUAUUCACCGCUUUAUAAAGAGGGUUUCGCGCUUGAGUGCCGCGCGAUCAAGCAGCUGCGCGAGGUGAUGGGCUUCACCAACGCAAUCAUUAUGAUUCCUUUCUGCCGGACAAUCGACGAGGCGGAAAAGGUACUAAACACCAUGGCCGAUAAUGGGCUCAAGCGUGGCGAGCACGGUCUCCAGGUGUAUGUCAUGUGCGAGAUUCCGUCUAAUGUCAUCAUGGCCGAUAAGUUUUCUGAGCACUUCGAUGGGUUCUCGAUCGGCUCCAACGAUCUGACGCAGUUGACUCUCGGCGUUGACCGCGAUUCUGAAGAGCUGGCAGGCCUAUUUAAUGAGCAAGACGGGGCUGUCAAAUGGAUGAUCACACACGCAAUCUCAGUAGCUCGCAAGACUGGUCGCAAAAUCGGCAUCUGCGGACAGGCGCCCAGUGAUCAUCCGGAAUUUGCGAAAUUCCUAGUUAAAGCCGGUAUCAACUCUAUCUCCGUCAGUCCCGACAGCUUUGUCGCUGUGAAGAGGCAUGUAAUUGCGAGCGAACAGCCAUGA